AAACCGAAGCCAAGUAGUCGUAGUGUCUGCCAGUUCGCCGCACAAACUCGGUCCGUUUGUUUUUUUUUCCUCGUCCUAAAAACUAAAGUUCUUUGUGCCCAUCGAAGAAUUUGUUACAAUUUCUAUGACAACUCUUGCCGAAUUUCAAGAAUUUGAGGGAGUUCGCUUGUCAAGAUGGAUCCCAUUAGUGCCAGUUGUUUCAGUCUUCAUCUCGAAGAGAACGCCAAGGCAAUUUUGGAAGAGCAGAAACAGGAAGAGCAAUUUAGUGCGAUUAUAGUUAGUUGUAAAUCUCUCAGCUAUUAUGAGGGGAAAAAGUUCAAAGCAGUAUUACCUCAGAUCCUUGCCGUAGCAAUCGCCGCCACCUUUCACAUAGUGGUCGGCAUGUCGCUGGCCUAUUCGGCAAUCUUGCUACCUCAAUUAGAAGAAUCUCAAAAUGUUACCGGCAGCAUACAGGUGACAAAGACGGAAGGGUCUUGGAUAGCUAGCGUCCUUGUCAUCUUCACACCUGCCGGAGCGCUUGUAGCCGGUGUAAUUAUGGAUGCCAUCGGCAGACUGAAUAUGUUAAAGUUAGCGUCUAUCCCAUGCGUUUUGGGGAACGUACUUAUCGCGAUGGCAACUAACGUCCCGAUGAUACUGAGCGGACGAAUUCUUCUGGGUAUCGGUUCGGCGUGGGCGACGAGUCCGGCGAUCGUCUACAUUACCGAAAUUGCCAAGGCGGACUUGCGCGGUUCGCUCAUCUCGAUGGCGCCCGGCUUUGCGUCGCUAGGCAUGGUGCUCGUUUACCUCAAAGGCUGGUUUCUCGACUGGCGUCUCGUCGCGUGGCUCACCAAUAUCUACGUCGUGGUUCCGGCGAUUCUGAUCAUGUUCAUACCGGAAAGUCCCGCCUGGCUCGUGUCGAAGGGGCGCAUUGAGCAGGCGCGAAAGUCGCUCGAGUGGAUCAAUCGGUUUCAGCCGCAGCCCGAGCAUAAGUCGGAGUCGUUCGCCGAAAUGCAACUCGCCUACCUGCAAAAGGAGCACAUGAUCAAAAAGGAACAGGAGGCGCAGUCGCUCGGCGGCAACGGCGUGCUGAGGAAGCUUAAGAUGUUCGCACGGCCGACCGCUUGCAAGCCGCUGGUCAUUUUGACCGGUUUGUUCUUCUUCCAGCAGUUCUCGGGAAUCUACAUCACCCUGUUUUAUGCGGUGACGUUUUUUAAGGAUAUUGGAAGCACGAUCAAUCCUUACUUAGCUUCCGUCUUCAUCGGCACCGUGCGCUUCGUAAUGUCGAUCGCGAACACCUGGUUCAUGCGCCGCUUCCGUCGGCGAACCCUAAUCGCCGUCAGUUGCGCAGGCAUGGCGGUCUGCAUGUGCGUUUCCGCGUUGUUCACCAAAUGGAUCCAAGACCGCACCACGACGCACACCUGGGUACCCGUCCUAAUGCUUCUCCUCUACGUCGUCGCCUCAAUGCUCGGCCUCCUAUCCAUACCGUGGACGAUGACCGCCGAACUCUUCCCGCUCGAAAUCCGCGGCGUCGCGCACAGCAUCUCCUACAGUCUCGCCCAACUGCUGAUGUUCGCCUCGAUCCAGUGCUACUACGACCUGACGAACCUCGUCGGCGGAUCGUCCGGCCUCCAGUACUUCUUCGCGGCCGUCUCACUCGGCGCGUUGCUCUACAGCUUCAUUUUCCUGCCGGAGACGCAUCGGAAGAAGCUGAAGGACAUCGAGGCGUACUUCGUCGACAACACCGCGUACUACUCGCUGACGUGCUGCAAGCCGAAAAGCAACGCGGCGGAUAACCGGCAGCGCAAGCCGAUCGUGAGGAACCCGCGCGUUGCCAGCAAGCAUGCCAAAAUGCCCAAGGGCGAAAUCGAAAAGAUUCUCUUGAGCCGAGCGUAAGCCAACUUAAGUAUUAUAGCGAGCACGACAACAAAUUAGUAAUACAUGACAAAUAAUAUAGGUAGUAUUGAUUAAGGGCGAUAAUUACGUGAUUUAUUUAUUUAGAUUAUGGUUUAGAAGUACUUAUAUGUAGUUUUUUUCGUUAUGUAUUGAUGUGUUUGUGAUAAUUUCUGAAAAUAUACAAUUUUGUAUGAUUUAUUA